CAGUACUCGUUCGUGACGCCGCUGACGUCGCUGGUGGUGGUGAAGCCGAACGGCACCAGCGCCGCCGACCUGGAGGGCGCGCGCCGCCCCGGGGUGCCCUUCGCGUCCAGCGGCUUCCCAGAUGUGAACAGGAUAUCCGGAGGGCAUGUUGUGGCCCUUGAUGCGGUGGCGUAUGACGAGGCAGACGUGCCCAUGGAGGCCGUGGCCCCGGAGCUGGCGAUAGAGGAGAGAACAAGCCGUUCGAGGAGUGCGCGCUUCCGACUGACGCCAGCAGCGGAGCGGGCGCCGCGCACUGCCGCCACCUGCCCCACUGCGUGCUGCCCGACAUCUCCAAGGACAUGCAGUCCUACGUGCGCUACUUCUGCAGCAUCGGCGAUUUUGCCGGCGUGUGCUGCCCCGAUGCUGCCUUCCCCACAGCAUCUCAUGCCUAAAGUUCCUACCGCAGUACCUUCAGCCAUGGUUGGCAAUAGAGAGGAGAGUGAUGGAGAUGAUUAUGAUUUUAAUGAUAAUAUAUUUGGCUCCCGCGCUUUGGGAGUGUGUGCUAAUGUACAAGCAACUGCGAAAUAAAAUUUCUUUUAAAACUUUUCAAUUUG